GAGAGAGCAAGAGAACAAGGGAGCCAGUGAGUGGGUAGGUCAGUGGCAGUGGGCGGUCUGCCAGCUGUGGCAGCCACAACACACCAACGCCAGCGCCAGCGUCAACUUCAAAUUUCAAAGGGCAGUAAGGGGCCAAAUGUCCUGUACCGUCUCGGAGCUGCCAAGUGGCUGUCGACUGCGCGGCGGAAUGACUGCAUCCACACCACAGAGCGCUGCUAACAAUGGCUCCAAUAGCGGCGGGGGCAAUGGCAACGGAAACAACGGUAACGGCAACGGCAAUGGGAAUGGAAACGGCAACGGCAACGGUGGAGGCGGAGGGGGCAGCGGUAGUGCCGUUUCCGUGUCCGUGUCAGUAGGGGGCGGCGGCGUCACGGCAGGCAGUGCCACCUCGAAUGUGCUGCAAGAGUCAAAUGCGGCAACGUUGCAGCGGCCGCAGUCGCAGAAGCCGUGCUGCUUCUGCUGGUGUUGCUGCUGUUCCUGCUCCUGGGGCAAAUGUCUGGCCAUCAAGAAUGCCGAUGAAAAUGCGCCCACAAAGCGUGAUCUCGCUAAUUCCGAAUUCCUAGACGGCGAACAACCCACAUUAGAGGAAAUCCGUAGUUGGGGCAAGAGCUUUGACAAGCUGAUGAAGAGCUCAGCUGGUCGAAAGGUAUUCCAGAACUUCCUGCGCAGCGAAUUCAGUGAGGAGAACAUUCUGUUCUGGCUGGCCGUCGAGGAUCUCAAGAAGGAGAACAGCGCAGAGGUGGUCGAGGAGAAGGCGCGCCUGAUAUACGAGGACUACAUCUCGAUCCUGUCGCCGCGGGAGGUGUCGCUGGAUUCGCGAGUGCGCGAGAUCGUCAACCGCAACAUGAUCGAGCCCACGACGCACACCUUCGACGAAGCUCAAAUACAGAUCUACACUUUAAUGCACAGAGACUCAUAUCCGAGAUUCCUAAACUCUCAAAAGUUCAAGACACUCGCUCAAAUGCAAGACAAUUCGAAUGCCGGCUCCAAGGCGGAAAGUCCCACUUAGAUCGCAUCGGAUCGUCGUCAGUGCUGCGCUGUGUUGAUUUCUGUAGCUGCUCUCCAUUAGUAUUUCCUUCGUUUGGGCCAUGAAAUUCCUGUAAAAGCCGAGGUCGCCUGCCAGCCCACUGCCACUGCCGCUGCUGCAAUCCCCUAAGCAAUAUGUAUCCAUUAAUAGAACCAUUUAACCAUUUUGCGUGCAGCCCCCCCGCACUUGGGACCAGGGCAGUGGGCGAGGCAAAUAGCCGCGGGGCCCAAACCAAAACCCUAGUCGAUAUCGCGCGAUAAUACGUGAAACGGAUUCCUUCUCUACCUAUGUUCUAGUCGUUAACAAACCAAAGAGUUAGGAGCUAAAUUAAUUGUUUAAUCUUAGAGUGUGAAACGGAUCGGACUCUCCGAGACGUGGCAUUUGUUCGAGGCGGUUCCGGAAGCGUGCGAGCGAAACAGCGACCAUGGCUAGUGUAAUAUUAGUGACCUAAGAGACGUAUUAAUCAAAUUGCAUCAGAGAUAACGGAACCGAGAGGAGUACAGUACACUUACCGUUAACCGAAAUACUUUUUCCAGAAGCAAGCCCAAAACCAAACAGAACUUUUUAAACGUAUUACACAACUUUAUAUUAAUAUUAACAUAUACAUACAUAUAUACACGCAUAUAUAGUACUUACUUACGUACAUAUAUACAAAACCAUUUAGCUUAACUAGUUUUGAAAGCGAUUAGGAUCAUAUAUGCAUAUGUAUGUACAUAUGUGUGUGUGUAUGUAUGGACCAUGUGUAUGUACAUGUGUAUGUGUAUAUGAGUGACGACAUCGAAGCAUUUUUGUAAAUACCACAAACAGGCAGCAGCAGCACAUACACCACUCUUUAUAUGUAUAUUUAUAAUCCUGUACCGAUCAAACACCCCCAGACCACCCACUAUAAUGCCUCAUCUUCCGAUUGAGGUCCGAUCUAGUUGUUCCCAAUCACCUCUUUGAAGGCAAGCUAAGGCAAACACAGGCAUAGCUACAUAACCAUAACUAAUACUAUAUUUAUAGUUUCGAUUAGCAUUGAUUUCCAAAUCGAGAGAAAACGUUUUGCAAUAUCACUGCCAACA